GCGGGCGCGGGAGGAGGGAGCCUGAGUGGCUGGGCGCGAGAGAGGAGCUGAUGCUGCAAAGCCGCCCGGAGGGGACCAUGAGGAGCUCAGAGCGGGAAGAAGAAGACGAAGACGAGCGCGCAGAGGCAAGCGCCUAGCUUCGCCCGGCCGCCGUGCCCGAGCCAGCGCGCCCGACUAUGGCUGGGGGAAGGCGAGGGCUGGUGGCUCCCCAGAAUACCUUCCUGGAGAACAUCGUCAGGAGAUCCAACGAUACCAAUUUUGUCCUGGGCAAUGCCCAGAUAGUGGAUUGGCCCAUUGUGUACAGCAAUGAUGGAUUUUGCAAGCUCUCGGGAUACCACAGAGCAGAAGUUAUGCAAAAAAGCAGCACCUGCAGUUUUAUGUACGGAGAGCUGACUGACAAAGACACCAUAGAUAAAGUUCGACAGACGUUUGAGAACUACGAGAUGAACUCCUUUGAAAUCUUGAUGUACAAGAAGAACAGGACUCCUGUUUGGUUCUUUGUGAAAAUUGCUCCAAUUCGAAAUGAACAGGACAAAGUUGUUUUGUUUCUUUGCACGUUCAGUGACAUAACAGCUUUCAAGCAGCCAAUAGAGGAUGAUUCGUGCAAAGGCUGGGGAAAGUUUGCUCGCUUAACCCGUGCACUCACCAGCAGUCGGGGAGUCCUGCAGCAGCUCGCUCCAAGCGUACAGAAAGGAGAGAACGUCCACAAGCACUCCCGGCUUGCUGAGCAGGUCCUGCAACUGGGCUCUGAAAUCCUCCCUCAGUACAAGCAAGAGGCACCAAAGACCCCACCACAUAUCAUUUUACAUUACUGUGUUUUCAAGACCACUUGGGAUUGGGUCAUCCUGAUUUUAACCUUCUACACGGCUAUUUUGGUCCCUUACAACGUCUCCUUUAAAACGAAACAGAACAAUGUGGCCUGGCUGGUAGUGGACAGCAUUGUUGACGUCAUUUUUCUGGUAGACAUUGUGCUUAAUUUCCACACCACGUUUGUUGGGCCAGCUGGAGAAGUGAUCUCUGACCCAAAACUGAUUCGCAUGAAUUACUUGAAGACAUGGUUUGUCAUUGACCUUCUGUCCUGUUUGCCGUAUGAUGUGAUCAACGCAUUUGAGAAUGUUGAUGAGGGCAUCAGCAGCCUGUUCAGCUCCCUUAAAGUAGUCAGGCUGCUCCGGCUUGGUCGCGUGGCUCGGAAACUGGACCACUACAUUGAGUAUGGAGCAGCUGUCUUGGUUCUGCUGGUGUGUGUCUUUGGUCUUGCAGCCCAUUGGCUGGCCUGCAUUUGGUACAGCAUCGGGGACUAUGAAGUUAUCAAUGAGGAUAAAAACACAAUACGGAACGAAAGUUGGCUCUACCAGCUGGGCGAAUCCAUAGGAUCACCGUAUCAGUUUAACAGGUCAGGAAGUGGAAAAUGGGAAGGAGGGCCAAGCAAGGAUUCUGUUUAUAUCUCAUCGUUAUACUUUACAAUGACUAGUCUUACCAGUGUUGGAUUUGGGAACAUUGCACCAACCACGGAUGGAGAGAAGAUCUUUGCUGUUGCUAUGAUGAUGAUCGGCUCUCUACUAUAUGCAACAAUUUUUGGUAAUGUAACAACGAUAUUCCAGCAAAUGUACGCUAAUACAAAUAGAUACCACGAAAUGCUAAACAGUGUCCGGGACUUCCUGAAACUCUAUCAAGUGCCCAAAGGUCUGAGUGAACGUGUGAUGGAUUACAUUGUUUCUACCUGGUCCAUGUCCAGAGGCAUCGAUACAGAAAAGGUUCUGCAGAUUUGCCCUAAGGACAUGCGAGCAGACAUCUGCGUUCAUCUGAAUCGAAAAGUUUUUAAAGAGCACCCUGCGUUUAGGCUGGCCAGCGAUGGGUGUCUGCGAGCUCUUGCCAUGGAAUUUCAGACGGUGCACUGUGCUCCGGGGGAUCUCAUAUAUCAUGCUGGAGAGAGCGUGGACAAUCUUUGCUUUGUGGUUUCGGGAUCCUUGGAAGUUAUCCAGGAUGAUGAAGUUGUUGCAAUUUUGGGCAAAGGAGAUGUUUUUGGGGAUGUCUUCUGGAAAGAAACUACCCUCGCCCAGUCUUGUGCUAACGUAAGGGCUCUGACGUACUGUGACCUUCACGUGAUCAAGAGAGAUGCCUUACAGAAGGUGCUGGAGUUCUACACGGCCUUCUCACACUCUUUCUCCAGGAACCUCAUCUUGACCUACAACCUGAGGAAAAGGAUUGUAUUCCGGAAGAUUAGUGAUGUCAAGCGAGAAGAAGAAGAGAGGAUGAAAAGGAAGAACGAAGCCCCUUUAGUCUUGCCACCAGACCAUCCAGUCCGCCGGCUUUUUCAAAGAUUUAGGCAGCAGAAGGAGGCCCGGUUGGCUGCAGAAAGAGGCCGAGACGACUUGGAUGUAGAGAAAGGCAACAUUCUGGGAGACCACCCUUCGCGCACUGUGGUUAAAGCUAGCAUCGUCACCGUCAGGGAAAGCCCCGCAACGCCAAUCACCUACCAGUCUGCUUCAACAUCCGGGGUAUCUGACCAGGCCAAGCUUCAAGCCCCGGCCUCAGACUACGUAGGGGCGAAGGUGGCAGGAGACUUUCCGAAGCGCAAAGGCUGGGCAAAGUUCAAAGAUGCCUGCGCGAAGGGAGAAGACUGGAACAAAGUCUCCAAGGCGGAAUCCAUGGAGACGCUGCCGGAGAGGACGAAAGUGGUGGGGGAAGCCACUCUGAAGAAGACCGACUCUUGCGACAGCGGCAUCACAAAAAGCGACCUGCGCUUGGACAACGUGGGGGAGACGAGGAGUCCUCAGGACCGAAGUCCCGUCCUGGCAGAAGUCAAGCACUCCUUUUACCCCAUCCCCGAACAGACUCUUCAGGCCACGAUGCUGGAAGUGAAGCAUGAGCUGAAGGAGGACAUCAAAGCUUUAAACACAAAAAUAACGAACAUAGAAAAACAGCUUGCUGAGAUACUAAGGAUAUUAGCCUCUAGAAGAAGCUCGCAAUCACCACAGGAGUUGUACGAAAUAUCAAGGCCACAGUCUCCAGAAUCAGAAAAAGACCUUUUUGGAGCAAGCUGAGGUGGUUCUUUUAAGCAGACGUCAACCGGAUAUCCCCCGCAAACACAACAAAACACCCACUUCAACAUGUUUUAAGCGAAACAUUUAAUCUUUUCUUGAUGAACUCCAUUGAGGGGCCAAUCCGUUAACCAUGUUCUCCCCCCUCUCUAAAUGGUAUAGUAACAGGAAUUGCAACCUCAUGUCGAGAUGGCAGCUGACUCUGAAGUCUUUUUGACAGCAAGGCGGUGUCCCGAUUUCCCCGAGAACAUCCAGUUUAACAGCUCCGAAGGUGAUGUUCUGCAUCUACACUCCUUCACUUAAUGAAUCGAAAGAGCUAUUUGCUGUGAACAUCCUGGUGAUUUUUGUUUCUUUGUUUCGACUCAGUAUAGAGUUGGCGUGGACCCAUUUAAAACACGAUUUUAUUAUUAUUUUUAAAAAAGCAAUCUUUAUUAAUAAAUGUGUAUGUGAUUAUGCAGCUACACAAUACGUGUGUCUGCAUUAGUUCCGUCUAUAAUUAGUGUUACUGGACAAUUCACAGCAUAUCCUUCACUCUGCGAUCAAGAUAUCAAAACAAUAACAGAAGUCUUCCCCCAGUGGACAAAUGUAUUCUGUUGGUCCAGUUCAGCAAUGAGGAUUGUGUUAAUCUGCAGUGGGGCGGGGGUGUUUAAUUUCCUUGUUCUGCUUAAUAUUUCUAUAGUAUACUUUAAUUGAAUUUUAACUGUGCCGCUGGGAUAUGGUCUAACAAAUGUCAGGGCAGCCAGGACUCUUAUGCAGAAAUCUCAGAGCUGUAUUAGAUGUCUUUCUGUGUAAAUAAGGAGGCGAUUAAUAUUUAACCCUUGAGGGAAACAUGAGCAUAAUCUUAAGGCCAGAAGGUCUCUGCCUUGGAUGAGAUUUCAAUGUGCAUGAAACGUGUAGCACAUAGGCCACAUCAGCAUGGCCACUUCAUUCAGCCAUGAAGAUACAAGCCUGGAGAUGGGUUUUUACAGUCACAGCUAAUGUAGAUGGUGGACUCGCAAGUCCCUUUUGUACCCCACACUAGCUAGACACAUCUCUUGGCACGUAAGGGGAUGUGGGUGUGUUUGCACAAGGCCAUUGGCUGUUGCGUGUGCUUGGCUGCAUGUAAAGUGAGCUGGUUUUCCUUUGUUUCAAUACCUAUGGCUUUUUAAUUUUAAAAGUGAAGAUCUUCCAAGCUGGCUGGCACAAACCUUCCAGUGCCAGGCUUGUAUGAGAAAUUGCAGGCAAGGAGGGCCAAAAUAAAUACAUUAAUUGUGCCACAGGGUGGUGGGAAAAAUAUGUUGCCCCAACCUUGAGACAAAUUUCAAGAGGUGGGGAAUCAGACCUUGCACUGAUUCCUCCCUUCUGCUGUUGAGGAGUAGCUCCUCUCAUCCAGGCCUUUCAUUGUGCAACAAGUGUGCAGAAAGCUGCAAAAAAAUUGUGAUGCUGCCACAGUGUGUGUGUGUGUGUGUGUGUGCCCGCCCUACUUUGUGCUGCAGAAAGUGCCUGCUUAUGUUCACGGAACCCUUUAUUGUUGCAUGGGUGGCAUUGUUGUGGUACAAAUUUGUAGUUCAGGAAUUUCAGGAGUUGUGCUCACCGCACAUCAGGGACUGCUGGUGCAACACCCUUUGCCACUUUUCCUAUUGUCAUGGCUGUAUUUGCUAGAAGGACUUGUCUUCCCUGCACCCCACUCUUUCACAUUGUUUCACUCGUGUGCUUUCUUUGGACUCCCCAGAUGAGCCAGCGAAAUCUGUAGCUCUCCUCCUUUGCAGCGAUAAGGUGGUGACGAAGAAGAGGGCUGAGGAUUCAAGGGCCUAGAGUCGGGAUGGCGAACGGUGACCCAUCCAGUAGGCAAUGCCAGAUGGGGCUGGAAUGGAGCUCAGUGACACCUGAAGGGCCAAAGGUCCCAAUUCAUGACCUAGGAAACCCAGCAGGCACAAACCACUUAUGCCCCUCAACGACAUGGUGGAAGCAAAACUGUAUUCACCUGGGAAGGGCCAUAGCUCAGUGGCAGAUCAGCUGCUUUGUAUGCAGAAGGUCCCAGGUUCACUCCCCAGCAUUUCCAGAUAGAGAUGUGAGAGACCCUCAGUCUGAAACUGGAGAGCCACUGCCUGUCAGGGCUGGGCAAGAUGGACCAAUGGUCUGAUGGGAACUUUCCUAUCUUCCUAUGUUUCUAUAUAGCAGUAGUUCUGAAGCAAGACCAGUGGCAACAUAUUAGGAUACUAGCUACUCCUGGGUAUGGGGGUUCUGAACUAGGACCUGGUCAGCAUUUAUUGAGUUUUGGCACUGACCACGGUUUUAGUAUAUAUUCCCAUAUUACAUUAAAUUGCAUUUGGGUCUCGCUAUGUGCUUGAAUAUCUGACUAUUGGUUGUGUGUGGAAGACUGACAUCUGCCAUAGCUUUCCAUCUGCAUUACAGACCAACUGAAGCAAGGCCCAGUUUUAUUCUCAUGGGUGAAAAAGCCCCUUAGGAAUGGCCGUGCCCUGUGUCUUUUAUGGGAAGCAUAUGCGAAGUAUAGUAUAUAUAUGAUUCCUGUUUUUCCAUGCCUAGAUCCAGUAGUCUAAAAUGUAGAAAAUAUAGGAUAUUUAGAUAGCUACUAUAUUUCUUACAGGACAGUGGUGGCUGGCCUUUUCUGACCCAAGGGUCGUACUGACAGUCACCCCUGCAUGGACCACCUGUCAAUAGUGGGCAAGGUCAAAAUAUAAUUUGUGUGUUUGUGUAAGUGUGCCUUCAUGCGUGCGCGCGCACACACACACACACAAAUACAAAUUGCAUGUAAACAUGCAGGCAUACACACACAUACACAACUCUUUCUCUAUCUCUCCCUCCCUCAAGGCACAAUGAGGGUCUCUUAAGAAAUCAUCCCCACCCAAGUAUGAAGAUGGGGGAGCACAAUAUGUCAUGAGCAAAAGGCUGUGCUUCAAGGACCACCACCAUGGAGAGAGCUUUUGCCUUUUACUUUUUGCCGAUACAGCACUUAACCUCCCAGUCUCAGUACUCUGAUGCUCAGUGCUGCGAUUGAGAGAGACAAAACUCCUCUACCUGCUCUUCAGAGGAGUAUAAUCUCUGCCAGGCAGGCAGAGGGAUUUAAUCUUUUGAUCUCCAUGCUGAGCACUACAACACUGAGAUUUGGAGUCAAAGCUGCAGUGAGUUGGCAGGCCACUCCUCGCAGCUUUCCCAAUCUGGCCUGAGGACUGCGGUUUAGCCUCCCCUGCUUUGGAGCAAGGUUUGGCAUGCGAGUGAUGUGAAAUAUAUACCCGCUGGUGGUGCUUUCUCACCACUGCCACAGGUCACCUGCAGGUGCUUCUUAAGCUGCCCUUAUCACAAAGCUGACCCACUCUGAGUGCCAUGGUUUGCACGCGCCCCUCCAUGCUGCGUUUACCAACUUGGUGCAACCGCACUUGUGCCAUGGGUAGCUGUUGACUCAUUGGCUUCUGACUCUGUGGAAAACAGUCAGGCAACGCUGCCUCUAGGGGCGUGGGAGGGAAUAACCAAUCAUCUGCAUUUCAAAGUAAUAAUAAGCAUUUCAAAGACAGGGAUCCUCACUGGGAGGCUUCCCAGAAUUCAGUUAUAUAAGAAACACUGUCAUUAGUACAGUAUCUUUGAUCUGAGUUGUUUUCCCCCACCGCACCCUUAUGCCACACUGCUGUGGCAAGGAUGGAUUCGCGCUAAGUACGAAAACAAAGCUUCUUGCAAUAAGUUGUUUUUAACAUUUAGCCUUAAGACCCCUUUCCGUCAGUGAUAAAGAGUUGAAACUAGGAUGCUGUCAUGGACUCCCUUUCUACCCUUCUGUAUAGUGUUCACUACAGUGUUGCCUCAAGAUAUAAAGCACUUUGAUUAGAUUUCUUAAGUCUAAUGGAAAUCGUGCAUCGGUAAUUCGAUUUAUUUCUCCACAUAUUGCCUUCUGACUAGUUUUUCUGUAGCCUUUCCCCCCCGUUCGUCUGCAAGGACACUUCAUCGCCAUUGCCACAGACACUUUUAUAUAUCAGGGAGCUGACACCUCAUGCUGCUAAAAGUGUUUUGUGUAUUGAUCGAAGUCUCUCUCACACCCAUUCUUCUUGACCAAGGUAGUGUGCUUCUUCUGCCGCCAUCGUCUAUCUCCACAUGACGCCCGAGUGUCGUAGGACCCGGUGUGACAAAUCCCACAAUGUUAUUGUAACUGGAAUUUGAACUACCAAUGCUGGAGGUGUUUGGGAUUUUUAAAAGGAAUAAAUGCUCGUUUUUAUUUUCAUUUUCAAAGAGAUUUUCAAAGGGCAAUGAUUUCCCUCCCCACCCCCAUUGGUCUUAUUCCUAUUUAAUGUCCUCUGUUUUGAAAGGAAUCAUUUGAAUAAUAGAAAGAUUCAAUAAUCUUGUAUCAGGAUGAACUGCUAAACGAAGUAAUAUGACUUUUCAUAAUGAAUGUGUUAUAUUAUUGUACCUUCAUACGCUCCAUAUUUUUCCAUCACCUGAAAACAUGCUGAAACCUUCCUUUUCCACGUCUGCAUGGACACUUUAUGGCUAUCCAGUAAUGCAGUUUUUCUGGCACUUUAAAAGAAAAUGUACUCCACUUGUUUUUCUCCUUUCCAGAAUCCACCAAAUACUAUCUCUUUUUUGAUUAUUUCUUUGCAUUUGUCACUUUGUCUUACUGAGCAUGAAUAAAACAAAGAUGAAUAAGUAGAUACUAUUUUUGUGGUCAGCUGAAAAAGCUGCCAGUAGAGAGAGUAUAUAUCUCCUGUUUUGGAAUGUCCUGAUAAAGUUGCUGUCACAAGACAUGAAUAAAUACCCCCUUACUGACAUUUUUAAACAAGCACAAAUAAUAUUUGUAAAGACAAAUUUUAAUUUUAUUUAUUAUAGUAAUAAACUAUUUUAUACAUUA